CCUUAAGUCCUUAUGGAUAAGCAUCAGAGAACAAAGAUCAAAACUUUCAUCCUUAUCCUCUUCACUCAACAAUGGAAGUGAUGUCUGCUUCAAGAUCCUCGUCUUCCACUUUGAAUCCCAACGCUCCCAUGUUCGUUCCUCUUGCUUACCGUACGGUCGAGGAUUUCUCUGACCAAUGGUGGGACCUUGUUCACUCUUCACCCUGGUUCCGCGACUAUUGGCUCCGUGAGCGCUUCCAGGAUCCUCAGAACGAUGCUUUCGACUUCGAUUUUGAUGAAGAUGCUAUCUUUCGUGAGCUUCAUCAACUUGUUGACAUCACUGAAAUGGCAGAAAGAUGCAAAAUUUGUUGAAGUUCCAAGGUAUGCAGAGAAGGCACCCAAGAUUGUGAAGAACAAUAGGGUGAGUCCAAGGGCAAUUCACCAACCUAGGUAGAGAGAUAAGAUUUAAGAGAGAGAGUGUUUCACUCAGUUUGUGAUCUACUACCAUCUUUGUACAUAUAUAAGAGUAGGGUUGUAGAUGAUGAUGUUGUGGCUUCUAGAGCCUUUGUGUUGAGAUUUCCCCAUUUCCUAGGUUUGUUUUUUAUUUAUCAUUUCUGAACAUGCUGUUGUUCUUGGCCUUCUUUUCAUGUAAAGAAAAAGAAAAAAGGAAAAAAGUAAUAAUAACUGAAUUUGACAUCUAA